CUUUGUUUUAACCAAAUAUUAUACACUAUGAGACCAACUAUAGCGUUAGGAUAUUUGAGAGUAUCCAUUCCCAAGAAGCCUCUCACCCCAUAUGCAUUUCCUUCGUUGUCUUCAAUCAGCAUAUCCGAUUUACCAAAUAAUGGAUUUGGUAAAAAUAAUUAUAAUAUAAAGAAAACAAAAUACGGACAUUGGCCCGUUUAUAGAGUCGUUCAAAAUACUAGAGUUCUUACUGAAAUCAAAAGAGUCGAAGGUGAUGUUGAAGAAUUCAAAAAUGACUUGUUAGCCAAAUUACCUCAUAUUCAAGAUAAAUACGUUACCGUUAAUAAGAAAGCAGGACAGUUAAAGAUUAAAGGAGAUUUCAUUGACUCUAUAAAGGAAGUAUUUGAUGUCAAUAUUAACUAA